GCGGUUUUUGACGAGGUUUUGGGCUAUUGAAUUGUAUUAAUAUUGAUAGUGUUUGGGUGUUUUCAAUGGUUUGUUCGAAUUCUGCAUUAGCAAAACACAAAAAAAUAAAUGAAAUUAUAAAUCUUUACCCGGGCAAGUGACUUUUGUGCCAGGACAAGUGAAACAUAAAUUUACUUGUCCGAAGGACAAGUGCCUCAAAAAGUUAAUGUCAAGCCCUGCACAGUACUCCUAAACUCCACCCAAGUGACUGGAACAGUCCUGUCCUCCAUCCAAAAAGCUGGAGCAGUCCUACGAUGCACCAAAGUCAGUACUUCAACACUGGCAAGUUUUCUCCAAGCAGCAGUGAGACCCGUGCACCGAGGCACACCAGCAGUGACACAUGUGCACCGAGGCACACCAGCAGUGACACAUGUGCACCGAGGCACACCAGCAGUGACACAUGUGCACCGAGGCACACCAGCAGUGAGACCCGUGCACCGAGGCACACCAGCAGUGACACAUGUGCACCGAGGCACACCAGCAGUGACACAUGUGCACCGAGGCACACCAGCAGUGACACAUGUGCACCGAGGCACACCAGCAGUGACACAUGUGCACCGAGGCACACCAGCAGUGACACAUGUGCACCAAGGCACACCAGCAGUGAGACACGUGCACCGAGGCACACCAGCAGUGAGACCCGUGCACCAGGACAGUACGUCCCACCUAGGUUACACCAGACCAGGGAGCUGACAAUCAGUAUGGAGCAUUCCCUCCUGCAUAAUAUAUUAACCAAUCAGGAAAUGAUAAUGGAGCAGCUACGAAUCAUCUAUAAAACCCUACAGGGGAUGAAAGUGGCUGAUGAGGCAGAGAUAGGCCUAGAUCCAAAUUUGUUGCCACUGGGGGAUCACAGUUCUCUUCACAACCUGGAGGAACAACUGAACAGCAGCCCUGACCUUCAGAAACAGUUGGUGAACACACUGGCACUCAAAGGUGGGGCGGAUAUUCGGGAGUGUGUUUGGAGGAUUAUGCAUGCAACGAUUGCAAACUCCUUGGCUAAACAAAUGAACAUGAGAGGAGUAAAUGGGAAAAUUGGCUUCCAGCGCCUGCAACUACGAGAUGUCGUGAUUGCUGCUGUGAGGCGUAACCGUCUGACAUCUGGGGCCACAGACCAAGAAAUAGAUUCCACUGUCAAAAGAUGGCUGCACCUGGCUCCGGAUAGGGAUGGUGGCCGGAAAGAGAGGAUGAAGAGAAAAGAGAGUGCUGGGAAUUCUACUUAUUAAUACAUUGAAACCUGUGUUUUUUGUAUUGUUGUUGUGUGACACAAACUUUAGGCCUAUUCAGGCAUUUGUUAUGGUGUUGGGAUAAUUCUUUCAGAAUAUUGUUUGUUAAA